AUGAAUUCAUCAACACAUCGACUAGCAAAUAUUAUUAUUGAUUGUUCAAUUAUUACUUUAACUUCAAUAAGUAUAUGUAUUUCAACUGGAAUAUUUAGUUUCAUUAUUUAUCAUGUAAUUAAAUUUAAAAAUUCUCCACAUCGAGUGGCACUUCUUCUAACAGCUAAUAUAUAUUUCGCCAUACUUUUUUCUUGUAUAUUACUUCUUAAAGAAUAUAUUCAUAUUUUAUCAGGACAUGUUUAUUCAAUGAAUUCUUUUAAUAAUGGAAUAUAUUGUCAACUUCGUGCUUAUUUUUUAUGGUCAUCAAAUUGUACAAUAUAUUAUUCAAAUACUCUUCAAUCAAUUUAUCGUUUAUGUCGAGUUAUUUUCUAUAGAAAACAAUCACUUCAAUCUUUUCAACUUUAUCAAAUAUUAAUUCUUAUUCAAUGGAUUCUAUGUUUUUUAUUAAUGAUUCCUAGUCUUUUACUUGGUAAUUUUAAAUAUUUAGAAGAUGAUUAUCUUUGUCAAAUUGAUUAUACAAGUCUAAAAGAUAUAUGUAUGUGUUAGAUCUCUUUUCUGUUAAAUAGUUUAUUUGAUAAGUAACGAGU